UGUGUGACAGCAGCCGCGCUCAUGUGGAGUGAUGGACGGACAGACGGGCAGAGCACAGCCGCUGAUGAAGCUCUGCAUCACUGCCAACUCAUCCAGAAGCUGGUGGACAUCUCUGUCUCCAGCCUGCGGGCUCUGCGCACCACAUGCGCCGCAUCCAACCACCUCACCCAGCAGGAGAUCCGCACUUUAGAGGUGAAGUUGAGCAAAUACAUGUGGACACAGCUGCAGUGGAAGAAGAGGGUGGCUGAGAGGGAGAGACCUGAAGCUCUAGCUGGAUACCCAAGACUGGAGGACUGGCUCCUAACAGCUAACCUCACACCACGAUUCAUACAGGCUGCAGCAGGGAAGCUCUCAGUGGACAAGUUGCUGCAGAUGUCCAGCUCUGAGCUGCAGGACACGAUGAGACGCUUGGGCUCCAACUCAGAGGAUCGAUCUCGCCUCACGGCCGCCCUCUCCUGUCUGAAGAGUGCUACUGAAACAGGACGUGACCUGAGGCCAGACACAGACUCUUGUAGCAUUGAAUCCCAAAGGAACAAUGAUACCUUCUCCACCAUCGGUCCCCUUACCCCCCUUCACCCCACCAGCCACGGCCGCUCCAUCUCCAUAUCAGUGGUCCCCUGUUCAGAUGACCGCAGACCUUCCAUACCAGUCGAGGAAAUGACCGAUGCCUUCUCACCGGAGCUGAGCACUCCGCCAGUCACCCGAGCCUCAAAGACAUGCACUGCCAAGCCCUCCCACACUCCUCCUCUGGCUUCCCGCAAGCUGCUGCAGCUCCUUCCUAACAUUGCACUGACGAGAAGCAAGAGUCAAGAAUCACAACUGGCCAACCGCAUCGAGGAGUCUGCUACUAACAAGGUGUGUAAGAAGAACAAAGUACUGGCUAGUAUUCAGAUCAAUGGCUGUGGGAACAGUUCUGAGGACUCAACCCUGCGGUCACCCCUACUGUCUGCCCGGACUCCCGGCCCUGUCCCUACCUCUGCCACAUACAUGUUGCCUGGCACCCCCACCCUGCUGGACAACCAGGCUGUACACAGGAGUUCACCUCAGACAAUGAGGAGAGACAUCGGUCUGGCUAUAACACACAGGUUUUCAACCAAGUCCUGGCUCUCACAGACGUGCCAAGUGUGUCGCAAGAGCAUGAUGUUUGGUGUCAAGUGUAAACACUGCAAGUUAAAGUGCCACAAUAAAUGUACCAAAGAUGCUCCCUCGUGUCGGAUCUCAUUUCUCACAUUGCCAAGGAUGCGCAGGGCAGAAUCAGUGCCAUCAGAUAUCAAUAAUCGUAUUGAUCAUUCAGCAGAGAUCCCAGUGCAGUUUGGCACUUUACCAAAGGCACUAACCAAAAGGGAACCUCCCCCCACUUUAAACCAACUGGACUCCAGCAGUAACCCAUCAUCAGCCACCUCCUCCACACCUUCCUCCCCAGCACAUUUCCAGCAGAGCAACCCCCCGAGUGUCAGCGCCACCCCCCCACCCAACCCGUCACCACAGUCCCGGGACCACCGCUUCCACUUCCCAGAUGUUCCUGCUUCCACAUACACUGCUGGUCAACCUUCUAGCAGCUACUAUGAGUCUGGAGUGUCACAGGCGGCUGUCACUGAGAUGCAGCUAACAGCAGCAGAGCAAAGACGCGACGAGGAGGCAGAGGAAGACUACCCAGCUGAGGAAGCAGCUGACCGGCGUAGCACAGAAAAGACUGAGGAGUGUGACGAGGACGGACUGGAGGACCUGCCCUCUUCUCCUAUCUGCCGUCGUUCAGAUGCUGGCCGCUGGAGGGGUCCCAUCACUCGCAAAGUCAGCCAGACCAGUGUCUACCUGCAGGAGUGGGACAUCCCAUAUGAGCAGCUGCAGCUUGGAGAGCUUAUCGGCAAGGGUCGCUGGGGGAAAGUGCACAAGGGUCGCUGGCACGGCGAGGUGGCCAUUCGCCUUCUGGAGAUAGACGGCAACAACCAGGAUCACCUGAAGCUCUUCAAGAAAGAGGUGAUGAACUACAGGCAGACCAGGCAUGAGAACGUUGUCCUGUUCAUGGGCGCAUGCAUGGCUCCGCCUCACCUCGCCAUCAUCACAAGUUUCUGUAAAGGUGUGACUUUAUACUCUGUUGUAAGAGAAAGAGGUCACCUGUUAGACAUCAAUAAAACCCGACAGAUUGCACAGGAGAUUGUAAAGGGAAUGGGUUAUCUGCACGCCAAGGGCAUCAUUCACAAAGAUCUGAAGUCCAAGAAUGUGUUCUGUGACACAAACAAAGUGGUCAUCACAGACUUUGGCCUGUUUGGGAUGUCUGGAGUGGUACAAGAAGGCAGAAGAAAGAACGUGUUGCGGAUACCUCAAGGCUGGAUCUACUACCUGUCUCCAGAGAUUGUUCGGAAGAUGAGCCCAGAGGUUGAUGAGGACAAGCUGCCUUUCUCUGAAGCUGCUGACGUUUACGCUUUUGGCACAAUCUGGUAUGAGCUGCAGGUCAGACACUGGCCAAUUACGAACCAUCCUGUGGAAGCUAAGAUCUGGCUAAUAGGCAGCAACCAGGGCAUCAAGCAGGUGCUGGCAGAUGCCAACCUGGGCAAAGAAGUCACGGAGAUCCUUUCUGCUUGCUGGUCAUUCGAAGCAGACAGCAGGCCGACCUUCACCCAGCUGGCAGACAUGCUGGAGAAGCUCCCCAAACUGAACCGCAGACUGUCUCACCCUGGACACUUCUGGAAGACACCAGAGCCCUGGGAUCAUCAUCACUGCCUGAGAGAUCACUGUCAUCAGGGCCUGCAUGCUCACUGUCCAUACAUGUACAAAUACAGCAGCUGAUGGCAAAUGUGCUCUUAGAACCUGCUUUGUAUUUUGGAAUUUGAAUGUGAUGCUUUACCUUAGACAAAUCAUGAUAAUUUACAAUAGCUGAACUGUCAUUGCUCCAUUUAUGAGUUUUAUUCAUAUCUAGAGCAGAAUAUACAGCCUGUUUUCACCUUGGUCUGUAUCUGGACAUGCUCUCAUGAUAUUGCCAUCUGAUCACAGUGUUAUGCAUUU